UUGUCGGGUCUCGGUGGGCGGGGCCGCCGGCAGAGCCCAGGCGUAUCCCGGCGGGGGGCCGGCGAGGGCUCAGUCUUCCAGAUCAACGGGUGGGGACGGCGGCUGAGCGUGCGAGCGAGUCGUUGCUUUUCCGAGUCGCUCUCUUCCAGGCUCGGUCCGGUUGUCAUCAUGGCCCGUGGAAAUCAACGAGAACUUGCCCGCCAGAAGAACAUGAAGAAAUCCCAGGAAAUUAGUAAGGGAAAAAGAAAAGAGGAUAGCCUGACUACCUCUCAGAGGAAGCAGCGGGACUCUGAGAUCAUGCAACAAAAGCAGAAGGCAGCCAAUGAGAGGAAGUCUAUGCAAACAAGAGAGAAAUAAUGACUAUCUGGAAAACCUGGGUGCUACUGCUAACUAGGUGUAUCAUAAGCUCUAUGAUCAAGAUUUUGUAGAGUGAACAGUCAGUACAUAUGUUAUAUCCUUAUAAAACUAUUUUAAACUUUUCCUUUCAACCUGAUUUAGUGUGAUGUUUCAGAACCAUUCUUUAAAGAAUAAAAUACUAACCAUGCAUAUGA